UCAACAAGUCUUGUCGUGUUUUGUUGUGAAAUAGCGGGGAAAUUCAGUGGUUAUUUCUCUAAUUUUCCAGUGAAAUCUGAGAAAUAUACGCCAUGGCGUGUUCUCCGGAGCAAAUUGCACUCAAGCGGCAACAGGCUCUUGAGAGAUUGAGGGCGAAUCAAGUAAAAAACACAGAGGCGAACACUUCGACAGCAACCAUCACUUCAGGGCAGUUUUACGGGUCUGGCCAAAGUUCUCCGGCGAUGCAUCAGCAGAAAACCCUCCCGGGGAAGGUGGACAAUAAGAUAAAGCCACAACCAUUGAAGGACAAUCGCAUCUUCUCGCAGCCUUAUGCGAACAGAGGCAAGGCGAGUGAUGUGGAAAAGAAGGAGCCCAAAGUAUGGCCCGGGGCGCUUGCGAAGACAGUCUGCAAGUGCGCUCUGGUGUCCGAGGAGAGAUUUGGCGUGACUCUGAGUAAUUUCGACCAGGCUGUGAACGAUGCUAUGAAGAUGAUCGCCUCGAGGAGCUUCAAUCAGGAGCAGAAAGUGUGGUCGUUCCUCCUGAAGGACUACAAGAACUUCUUGAAGGCGAUGGAACCGCUCGCACAUAAGGUGACUGUGGAACAUCUGCCGCCAUUCAUUCUGAAGCUCUUUUCUGGACAAAAAGAAUCGACGGAUAUGAGGAUGGACAUGUCCUUUCUGAGCAGCAUAGAACCGAAGUUGGCCGACGCACUGAUGGACUUCCAGAAGGAAGGCGUUCGUUUCGCCAUUGAGAAGCAGGGACGAUGUAUUAUUGCGGACGAAAUGGGCCUGGGAAAGACUUAUCAGGCACUCGCCGUGGCGGACUUCUAUCGCGAUGACUGGCCAGUGUUGAUCUGCACCACGGCGAUCACAAGAGACGCGUGGGCGGCAAAAGUGAGGGAACUGUUGCCUCGAGUGCCUGUGCACAAGAUCGCUGUGCUAGAUUCCGCCCAAAGCCUCAUCACGGAUGCGUCUAUCAUCAUCAGUAGCUAUGCCAUGAUGGACAAGUGCAUGGCAAAGAUCCAGAGCAAGAAGUGUGGAAUUUUGAUCAUGGAUGAAUCGCAUUCACUGAAGAACAACAAGACUAAAUGCGCUGCGGCGGCGCUGAAUUUUGUCAAGAAGGCCCGCCGGGUGAUUAUGCUCACGGGAACGCCGGCGCUGUCGCGUCCCAGCGAACUCUUCACGCAGCUCCAGAUGUGCGACAGUUCAUUCUUCAGCUUUAAAGAAUACUCCAAGCGAUAUUGCGACGGACACGAAGGUAAAUUCGCUUGGGAUUCCAGUGGCAAAUCUAAUCUGACGGAAUUGAAUCUUCUGCUGAGCCGCAAAUUCAUGAUCCGUCGUACCAAAAAUGAGGUGAUGGAUGACAUGACGGAGAAGAGGCGCGAGGUGGUGAUUCUGGACAAGGAUCUGGUGAGCUCAAGAAAGGAGUUUGGAAGUCUCUUGGACAAGUACUCCCAGAGCUCAGGAAAGCAGCAGAGAGAGAUCCUCCUCACCUUCUACUCAGAAACCGCUGUUGCCAAAGUGAAGGCCGUCUGUUCGUACGUGAAGAGCGUGAUGAAGGAGAAGAAGAAGGUCGUGAUCUUCGCCUACCAUCACGUCAUGUUGGACGGACUGUCUGAGUGCCUGCGAGACUUCAAAAUCGACUUCAUCCGAAUCGACGGGGAGACGAAGGCAGAACUCAGAAGUUCGAUGGUGAACAUGUUCCAGACAAAGCCACACUAUCGCGUUGCUUUGCUGAGUCUUAAGGCCUGCAAUGCCGGAAUCACUCUCACCGCCGCUCAGCUGGUUUUAUUUGCUGAGCUCUACUGGAAUCCCAGCACUCUGGCGCAGGGCGAGAGUCGCGCCCAUCGCAUUGGACAGGACGAGAACGUGGUGGUGCGCUAUUUGCUGGCCAAGGGAACAGCCGACGACAUCAUCUGGAACAUGAUUCAGAAGAAGCAAACUGUCCUCAAUGACGCUGGCGUGGGCUGUGAUGAUUUCUCCGAAGUGGCGUCGUGCACUGAAGUGUCUUCUUUGGUGAAGAUCAGCAAAUUCUUCCCCAAAACCCCAGCGAAGGAAGCCCAGACGCCGCAAGUCGGCUCGUCGAAGGCGCCCGUAGAAGCCUGUGAUGACUUGAAAAAGCUCCUUGAUGAGGACGAUGAUAUACUUGCUGACAUGGAUUUCUGAAUUAAUACAGCGAAGUUAUUCCAU